AUGGCGCAGUAUCGAGGGGUGGUGAAGCCACAGUCUCAGGGCCUUCAAAGUCUCAGCGAAAUGUCCUUCAAUGAGACGAAGGGCUAUGGCUUCAUUGAAAGCGCCGACACAGCUGCCAUCUAUGGGAAGGAGCAGCAUGGGGCCACGGGCAGUGCACUGCCGUGCCAGGACGUCUUUGUGCUGAAGACCGCGCUGCAGGGAGCGUUUCCAGGGGAUCAGGUCACCUUCAGUGUGGUUGACAGCAACAAGGGGCCACAGGCCGAAAAUAUCUUGGUCCUCAAUAGGAGGCCGAUGGCAGCUGCAGCCCGUCCCGGGCCCUAUGGGCAGACGGUCGGCCCACGGCCAAUGGGAGGACCCCAACUGCGUGGGCCGGUGCCCGCACGGGCGCCGAUGAACGGGAAAGGAGGAGGAGGAGGAGUAGGAGGCGCUCCAGCAGACAACAUUGGGAUAGUGAAGUCCUUCAAUGCAUUGAAAGGCUGGGGCUUCAUCACCAGUGAUGAAAUCAUGCAGACCUUUGGCAAGGAUCUGUUCUUUAUGAAGUCCUCGCUGUUGGCUCCGGUUUCAGAGGGACAGCAGGUCUAUUUCUCGAUCUUCGAGAGUCCCAAGGGCACUCAGGCGCAAAACAUACAGCCAGCGACCAGCAACCGAAUGUUCCGCAGCCAGACGCCGGUGCCUGCACCGAGCGCCUACAGGCCGGCCAUGCCUGUACGUCAAAUGCAUGCUGCGCCCAUGCAUGCUGCGCCCAUGCACGCUGCGCCUAUGGCAGCGAUGCACGCAUAUAGCCCAAUGCCGAGCACGCAGCCUGUGCACAACGAAUACUUCUUCGGAGCGGUGAAAGGAUAUAACGAAGAGAAGGGAUGGGGACACAUCACUUGCCAGGUGGCAAAGGACCGAUUUGGCAAGGAGGUGUUCUUGCUGCGUUCCGCCCUAAACGGUCAAACGGUGGAGCCCGGUACACUGGUAGGCUUCACAGUGGGGAAACCUGGGGCAUGGGCCGAGCAAACGGGAAGUGCUGGGAAAGUGGGGGAUUAA